ACCGAAUCUGGGGCCCGUGACUGCCCAGGGAAAGGCCAGCCGCUCUCUGUGGCCACAAGCGGCCACCGGGCGCCUCCCGCCGAGGCCCCCGCAUGGCUCACCUAGGCAGCGCGUUCCUUCCCGGCUCCUGUGGCGACGCCGGGACACCUGUCACCUGUGGGCCUCGUUGAUUUCCACAGUGCGGUCCUCUCCGUGUAGGACAGCUUCAGGGUUAGGGAGAACCAGGGGGCUCCGGUUAGUAGCUGCCACUGGCUCCCCGUCGGACUGCUCUCUUACCUCAUGAGCAAACCCAGAGACCACGAUUUUUAAAUACUCAAAUUCACUUGCUCUUAUAAUUCCAAGAGGAAAUCAUGAAGAAAUGUUUUAAUUGUUGAAACUAUAAUUGAAAUCAUGGCUACAUCAUCAAACCUGGAUACAGCCCAGUUGAUAAUGGAAGAGUGUCCCAGCAGUUACAGUCUCUCUGGCAUGCCAGACAUUAAACUAGAGCAUCCAGUAGACCCAAAUGCAGAGGAAGGAUCGACUCAGGGAGUUGCCAUGGGAAUGAAAUUCAUACUGCCCAACCGCUUUGAUAUGAACGUGUGUUCCCGAUUUGUGAAAUCCUUAAAUGAAGAGGAUAGUAAAAAUAUUCAAGAUCAAGUUAAUUCUGACCUGGAGGUGGCUUCUGUCCUAUUUAAAGCUGAAUGCAAUAUCCAUACCUCUCCUUCUCCUGGAAUUCAAGUAAGACACGUCUACACACCCUCUACCACAAAGCAUUUCUCACCCAUAAAACAGUCAACUACUCUAACCAACAAGCACAGAGGAAAUGAGGUCUCUACCACACCUCUGUUAGCAAAUUCUUUGUCUGUCCACCAGCUGGCAGCUCAGGGAGAGAUGCUGUACCUGGCUACUCGCAUUGAACAAGAAAAUGUUAUCAAUCACACGGAUGAAGAAGGAUUUACUCCUCUGAUGUGGGCUGCAGCACACGGGCAAAUAGCUGUGGUAGAGUUUCUACUUCAGAAUGGUGCUGACCCCCAGCUUUUAGGAAAAGGUCGGGAAAGUGCCCUGGCACUGGCCUGUAGUAAAGGCUACACGGAUAUUGUCAAAAUGCUGCUCGACUGUGGAGUUGACGUAAAUGAAUAUGACUGGAAUGGAGGGACACCUUUGCUUUAUGCUGUACAUGGGAAUCAUGUGAAAUGUGUCAAGAUGCUUUUAGAAAAUGGAGCCGACCCAACAAUUGAAACAGACUCUGGGUACAAUUCUAUGGAUUUAGCUGUAGCCCUGGGCUAUAGAAGUGUUCAACAGGUUAUUGAGUCACAUUUGUUGAAGUUGCUUCAAAAUAUCAAGGAGUGACACAGCCCUCAGAAAAUGUCCUCUAUCCUCUGUUCACUUUCUGGUCCUUAUAAAUGAUAGUUUUGUUUACUUUUAAAUUUUUACCUCAGUUGCAAUAUUUUCUGAUUUUUAGUAAGUUUUAAUAAAUAUUCUUCUAAAUAAUUCACUGGUUUAUAAUGAAAACGUUGAUGCUUUUUUAUAAAUGUGUUUUAUUGUAUAUUUUAAAUUAUAAAUUAAUGUUUUGUGGCAUGUAAAUUUUUAUGGUACAAAUAGUUAUUUGUCUUUGUAACAAGUGCUGUAAUUUGACACUUUCAGAAAAUUUUCACCCUAUUCAUCUCUAGUAUUAACUCAUUGACUUGUUACAUAAGGUUUGCUCUAAAUCCAUAGGGAAAAAUGUUAUUGUGUAAUUAAAAACUGCACAGUGUGAUUGUUUACAAAAUGGUGUUAUAAAUAAAGUACUUUUUUUCUGUU